AAUGAUAGUUAAGAAAUAUAUGAAUAAAGAUGAUAUUUAUAUGCAUGCUGAUAUUUAUGGAUCAGCCUCAACAAUAGUCAAGAAUCCUAAUGAAGUUCCUAUUCCUGAAUCAACUAUUAUGUAAGCAGCCACGGCUACAAUUUGCAGAUCUAAAUCUUGGGAUGCCAAAAUUGUUGUUUCUGCAUGGUGGGUACAUGCAUCUCAAGUUAGUAAAGGUGCACCAACAGGUAUGAAUAUACCAGCUGGUUCUUUUAUGAUUUAUGGAAAAAAGAAUUUUAUUUAUCCUCCUAGAUUAGAAAUGGGUUGUACUAUUUUAUAUCAAUUGGAUUAAGAAAGUAUUAAAAGACAUGAAGAAGAAAGAAAAAAAAAAUUAAGAGAAGAAUAAUCUUAAGUUGAUGAAUCUGAAUAAAAUGAAUCUGAAAUUACUGAAAAAAAUAUUCUUGAUUCUGACAAUGAUGAUAAUGAUGAGAAUCCAAAUGAUAAUAAAGAUGAAUUACUUGACCUUUCAAAAACAAAUUCUGUUUAAACUAUUCAAUAAGGUGAUAAAGAAUAUACAAUUGUUGAAGUCAAUCCUAAUGCAAGAAUUAUAUAAUAAAGAAAUGAUAAAAAAUAAAAAGAAAAAGAUUCUUAACAAAAUUAAUAGAUUUAAUAAUAAUAAUCUAAAUAAUAAUAAUAGUCUAAAUAGUAAUAACAACCUAAAUAAUAAUAAUAAUAAUCUAAAUAAUAAUAAUAACAAAAAUAAAAUAUAAAAGAAUCUGAUAAUGAUAGCUCUGAUGAUGAUAAAAAAAAUUAAAAGAAUCCUAAGUCUUAACAAGUUAGAGGCAAAAAAAAUAAAAUGAAAAAAGUUAAAGAAAAAUAUGCUGAUUAAUCAGAUGAAGAAAGAGAAUUGAGACAAAAGCUUAUGGGAGCAACAUAUAUGAAAAAUGAAGUCAAACCAGAUAAAAAAAAGAAAGAUAAAGAUAAAAAUGAACCUAACAAAUAAAAAUAGGAAUAAGAUUAAACUUAGUAAUAAUAAUAAGAUUCAUAAGUAAAAGAUAAAGAGUACUAUAAAAAAUAAUAAUAUAAAUAAGAAUCUAUUACAGAAAAAUUACUUAAAUAAUAAGGAAUUGAAGUUACAAAACCAGAUAAUAAUUCAGAUUAAUAAAUUUAAUAAAUUUUAGAAUAAAAAGUGGAAUAAUAAUAAUAAUAAUAAUAAUAAGAAUAAUAAGAAUAAUAAGAAUUAGAAGGACAAUAAGUGUAAUAAUAAGAAGUUAUUUAAUAAUAAGGACCUGAAAAUCCAGUUAAUAAAUAAGAAGAAUUAGAUAGUGAUGAUGAAAAAUAAGAAAAAUAACCUGAAUAAGAGGAAGAUAAUAUUGAAUAUACUGAAAUGCAAAAACUUGUCUCCUAUUUAUAUGCUGAUGGUAACAAUAUUCAGAAUAAUAUUUUAGAUAAAUAUUUGAGUCUUAUACCGAUGGUUGCUCCUUAUUAAGUUAUAGGAAAUAAUAAGUUUAAAAUUAAAAUGGCACCAGGUUCUUUGAAAAAAGGAAAAGGUAUUAAUUCAUGAUAAAUAUUUUAGCUGGUAAAGAAAUAUUAAAUUUCUUCUUGGCUAAUAAGGAUGUUACUAAUCAAGAAAGAUAAUUAUUGAAAAUGAUUACUGAUGAAGAGAUUGUCUAAACUAUGUUAUCUGGAGUUAAAUUAACAGGAGUUGGAAUGCUUUAAAUGAAAUAAAAAGAGAAAUAAUUAAAGAAGCAAUAACCUAAAAAAAAUAAAUGAGUUAAAUAGAAGAG